AUGGCCGAAGCUCAAUCAUCUACGAUACAGGCACAGGGGCCGCCAAAGACGCAAAACAAGACCAAGGCUUAUGUAUCACCAGGAGUAUCCCUGAUAGCCGGUGGUGUUUCCGGAAGCGUCGAAGCCAUGUGCACAUAUCCCUUUGAAUUCGCCAAAACCAGAAUGCAACUGCGCGACACUGCAUCAGCAACAGGAACAGCAACAACAAAAAUAACCAGAAAUCCCUUCAUCUUGAUCCGCGACAUAGUCAGGAUGGAAGGUAUAUCUGCUCUAUACACGGGCUGCACAACUCUCGUUGUCGGGACAGGGUUCAAAGCAUCCGUACGCUUCUUGACGUUUGAUUCAAUCAAGAAUGCGCUCGCGGAUGAGAAGGGUCAUCUCUCGAAAUCCUCUGGGAUAUUGGCGGGUAUGAUGGCGGGCUGUGUCGAAAGUGUGGUUGCCGUUACACCUACGGAGAGGAUCAAGACUGCCCUAAUCGACGACGCAAAAGGCCCCAAACGCUUCCGCGGCACAACCCACGGCAUCAAACUCCUCGUCCGCGAACAAGGCCUUCGAAACAUAUACCAAGGCCUCAUCCCAACCACCAUGAAACAAUCGGCCACUUCAGCAGUGCGCAUGGGGUCAUAUAACAUGCUCAAGGAGAGCGCGAAACAUUACCAUAUCCCGCUUAAUGGGGUUACGACCUUUGGGAUAGGGUCUGUUGCGGGGAUUAUUACUGUGUAUGCGACACAGCCGUUUGAUACGAUUAAGACGAGGGUGCAAGGAACCCAAAAGGCGACGAUAAAGGAGGCGGUUGGGGACGUGCUGAGAGAGGCGGGAAUAAAAGGGUUUUGGAAGGGGAGUACAAUGAGAUUGGGCAGGUUGUUUUUGAGUGGUGGGAUUGUGUUUUCGGUUUAUGAGCAGGUUGCUGCUGUUUUGUCUACGAGGGAGGUCGUAUGA